ACAGCAGAGGAGCACUGAAGGUCAGUUACACUAGUAGAAAAAACAGUAGUAACAGCAGUAGCAGGUGAGAGGGAACACCCAAGAGUGAUGUUGGUAGCCAUCCCUUGCCCCAGCUCCCACUAAGUCUCCGUGGACACAACUACUCUUGCCUGAACGUCCCCUUAGGCAAUGCACCAAAGACACAUCUUCAGGGAGUCCAAAUGGUUGCUAGUGCUUGUGCGUGUGAAUAACUUAAUCAACAAGCUCAUUAUGGCUUAAGAUGAAAAUAACGAAGUGUUUACACUCCCUGACAGUGUUAAUUCGCCUGGGUAAACGGUAACUCUACUAAAUGGAUCACUUGCAGAGUUACUGGGGCAUGUGUGCGUUUUUCAAGACUCGCGUUAUAUGGGACAGAUACCCACUUAUCAAGAUGUAGUUCUUUUCUACUGCGGCACGCGCGUACAAUUGACGUAUCUGUGUAAUGUAAAGUUAUUUGAAGAACCUUUUUCUGUGUGAGAGUGUGAGGCUGGGAAAGACAGCCUCAGCCAGAUAUCAGACUAGGAAUCAGGAAAGAGAGCAGGGUGUUUAUCAGGAAGAUCAGGAGCGGGCACGGGCCCUCAGCUACUGUUCCCCGGUGAAGCUACUUGAUCUUGCCGCUGCUACCAGCAACCUGCGCUACCACCACUACCAGCAACCUGCGCUACCACCACUACCAGCAGCAGCAGUACACCAUGCGGGGGGCGGUGUGUGUGGUUGUGGUGGUAGUCACCUUGUUUUGGCAACACGUGGCAGCUACCUGGUGGUUGCUGGGGCUCAACAGUGCACAGAUGCAGAGUACAGCAGAGCUCACACCUCACAGGUACCGUGAAGAGUGCAACAACCUCACCUAUCUCGUGGCCAAGCAGAAGCAACUCUGUAGACUCUCCCAGAACGUCCUCAAGACGGUGAGCCAGGGUGCCAGAAUGGGCAUCAGUGAGUGUCAACACCAGUUUAACAUGCACCGCUGGAACUGCUCCACCUUCACCAACUCCCCUUACGUCUUCGGUCAUCUCCUCCGCAUCAAGAGCAGGGAGAAAGCCUACGUAUACGCCAUCUCGGCCGCCGGGGUGGCAUACAGCGUCACCCGCGCCUGCAGCAGAGGAGAAUUGACGGAGUGUGGUUGUGAUGAACGCAUACGUCAGCGACCCACCAGAGGCAGGUGGGAGUGGGGAGGUUGUUCGGAGGACCUAAGGUUCGGGGAGUACUUUAGUAAGGAGUUCGUGGACGCCCGCGAGGCCAGGAACACCGCUGACGGCCUCAUGAACCUCCACAACAACGAGGCUGGAAGGAGGGCCAUCAGGUCAGAGAUGGAGCUGGUGUGUAAGUGCCACGGAGUAUCAGGUUCCUGCUCCAUGAGGGUGUGCUGGCGCAGGAUGGCACCCUUCAGGAACAUUGGUGACUCCCUCCUGCAGCGCUUCGAGGGCGCCUCCAUCGUCAGAUUUGUAAAGAAACGGAAGAGGAAGAAACUGCGGCCACUGAAGCGAGGCUUCAAGAGAGCGAGUAGGCGAGACCUGGUCUACCUGGAGGAGUCUCCUGACUACUGUACUCGUAAUGAAGAGCUUGGUGUGCUGGGCACGGAGGGUCGGCUGUGCAACAAGACCAGUUGGGGUAUGGAUGGUUGCAGGAUCCUGUGUUGUGGCCGGGGCUACCAGACCAUGGUGAGGGAAGUGACAGAAAAGUGCAACUGCAGGUUCAUCUGGUGUUGCAAAGUACACUGUGAAAAGUGCCAAGUGUCUCGUGAGGAACAUUAUUGCAACUAAUAAAGUGUUACAGCCACGCACUUAAGGUGACAGGGACCCCUCGAGGAUACAAAGUGCUGUAUGAGCAACUAGUGAAUCCGUAACGAUUAUCUUUACCAUACUAGUAAGCUCUCUUAUAAAGCUCCUAUAUAUAUAUAUUGUGAUUUUUUGUAAAUGCGAUUGAAAAAAAAUUGCAUUCAAAAUUAAAUAACGCGUAUUAUGAAGUGAAAGCUCGGGUGAUGACAAGAGGUGUGGGGUUAAAAGAUAAAGAAUCUAACACAAAGUGGGAGUUGUCACAGUUGCUCUUUGGAAAUAAAUGGUAUGAAAUACCGACACAAUGGAAAUAUAAACACAUAUGCAGUAUAAUGUGAUCCUUUAUUGUUUGUGACUUGAAAAAGCCCACUGUGUGGGCGAAAUGUUGUCAAUAAAGGAUCACAUUAUACUGCAUAUGUGUUUAUAUUUCCACAGUUGCUCUUUGUUGAUGACACUGUGCUUCUGGGAGAUUCUGCAGAGAAGUUGCAGAGGUUGGUGGAUGAGUUUGGUAGGGUAUGUAAAAAAAGAAAAUUAAAAGUGAAUAUAGGAAAAAGUAAGGUGAUGAGGAUAACAAAAAACGGUAUGUAACGAAAGAUUGGAUAUCAGAUUGGAGGGAGAGAGUCUGGAGGAGGUGAAUGUAUUCAGAUACUUAGGAGUGGACGUGUCAGCAGAUGGGUCUACGAAAGAUGAGGUGAAUCAUAGAAUUGACCAGUGGCGGGCACAGCUAACUGAAAAGUUAGCUUCGCUAACCGCUAAUCCGCUAACUAAAAAAUUAGAUCUGCUAACGCUAAACCGCUAAACAGCCGAAAAAAUUAGCAGAAGCUAACGCUAACCGCUAACUUUUUCACAUGAAUUCAGAUUCGGCUUAGUUUUUUAGUCUUUUACUUUUAAAUGACAUAACCAUCAGUGUCAAGUGCAAACUCCUACUGUAUGUGGAUAACAGUGUUGUGUUAGUGUCAGGUAAAGACCCACAAAACAUUGUUAGUGUCAGGUAAAGACCCACAAAACAUUGUUAGUGUUAGGUAAAGACCCACAAAACAUUGUUAGUGUUAGGUAAAGACCCACAAAACAUAGUUAAUGUAACAACACUGGAACUGGAGUCCUGCAGCAAAUAGCUAGUAGACAACAGACUAUCAUUACACCUCGGGAAAACAGAAGCCAUACUCUUUGGCACGAAAAGUAAACUGAGAAGGGCAAAUAAUUUUAAUUUUCUGUGUAAUGGGGAACCCAUCACUUCAGUUUCCUCAGUAAAAUAUCUGGGAAUCCCCUUUGACCCAUGCAUGUCAGGAGAACUGAUAGGGAACUUCAGUCUGGCGAAUGCCAGACUGAAGUUCCUCUACAAACAAGCACGGUGUCUACCUAUUGAGACACAGUGUCUACCUAGUGAGACUGUCUACCUACUGAGACAGUAUCUACCUACUGAGGCACAGUAUCCACAUACAGUGGCACAAAAUCUACUUACUGAGGAACAGUGUCUACCUACUGGGCAGUGUUUACUUACUGAGGCACAGUGUCUACCUACUGAAGCACAGUGUCUGCCUACUGAGGCAGUGUCUACCUACCGGGCACAGUGUCUACCUACUGAGACUCGCAGGACCUUAUGUCUAGCACUUACACAGUGUCAUAUGGACUUCCAACAAGCAUGCGUGAGCGUGUUAGAAGCGAAUGGGGACAAAUGGUUUUUAAUACUUGACGUGCUGUUGGAGUGUGAGCAAGGUAAUUAUGAAGGGAUUCAGGGAAACCGGCAGGCCGGAUUUGAGUCCUGGAGAUGGGAAGUACAGAUGCAGUUUUAUAACUGUAGUGUAAGCGCGCCUUUGGCAAGACAGUGAUGGAGUGAAUGAUGGUGAAAGUUAUUAUUUUUCGGGCCACCCUACUUUGGUGGGAAACGGCCGAUGUGUUAAUGAAAUAAUGAAGGCCUCUGCAAACGAUAUUCAAACCACGGAACGGGUGGGAAUUGAACUCAAGUCAAGUGAGUCGUAAAACUCCAGGCCAAUGCGUAAGCCACUGGCCAUGGGUUCAGUGCUCACCCAUUCCAUGGGUUGUUUGCAUUCGUGUUAUUAUGAUUUCGCGAGUCAUGAUAUUCAGUAUUCAAUGUACUUCUUUAAACCGCUUUCCAGAACAUCGCACCAUAUAAGAAGCUUUAUAAGAGAGGUUACUGUAGUCACAAACACUGUGCUUCCUGUAGCAGUGAUCGCUGACGAAUGUUGAUAACUAGAGCACACACCUUCACGAAGACCACAUCACUCUCGAGAACAACAUCCGAAUGUGUUUCCACACUCCAAUAGUUGCUAGAUUCCUUCGCGUCGCUGUGUUUCUCCUCGACGUAGUUGGUGUAGUGUUCAGAGCAACUGACGCUCCGAAAUGUGCAAUGUUGUCAUUUAAGGUCGCAGUCAUAGCACUUGAGACUGACGAAGCUCCGGGAUACUUACAACUGAUCCAGUGAAAAUGUUCUUCGAAGAAAUUUAAAAUAUUCUUAAAUAUUCAAAUAUCGUGUGUUGAGUGUUGCUGCUAGUUUAGUGGUGGUCUUACAACUAAGCUGCUAGUUUAGUAGUGGUCCUACAACUAAGCUGCUAGUUUAGUGGUGGUCUUGCAACUAAGCUGCUAGUUUAGUGGUGGUCGUACAACUAAGCUGCUAGUUUAGUGGUGGUCUUACAACUAAGCUGCUAGUUUAGUAGUGGUCCUACAACUAAGCUGCUAGUUUAGUGGUGGUCUUGCAACUAAGCUGCUAGUUUAGUGGUGGUCCUACAACUAAGCUGCUAGUUUAGUGGUGGUCCUACAACUAAGCUGCUAGUUUAGUGGUGGUCCUACAACUAAGCUGCUAGUUUAGUGGUGGUCCUACAACUAAGCUGCUAGU